UCCCUGUGGACGUUUGGAGAGGAUCAGAAGAUGACAGUAUAUCUGACGGCCGCAACCGGAUCUGGACUCAUAAACAGAACAAUGAAUCCUACAAAAACUUGCUUUUCCUUUGUUCCUACUCGCUCGAGACCUCUCCCACAAUGAUUUGAUGACUCAAUAGCUAGGAGGUAGUUUGUUCGAGGCAAAUUACCUUCGUGAUUCCUCCUAGACUCUUACACCGAUCGUAUCAGCGCCUCCCACUCUCCCGUGCUGGUCCUCGACGUUUCAUGCCUUAUUAUAGAGCCAAACAUGAGGACAGCACUGCUCUUGGAGGGGAAUAAGAGAGAAGAAAACGCUCUCAAGAGAUCGUACGCGGAAGCAGACGAGAGCACGGUCAUGCUGGACUGGGAACUCCGUGACGCAGUGCUAGACCACACCCACAGCAGCAUCGAGCAUGGAUACGCCAGUGGACAAGUAACGGUUGAAGCUGAAUUCGGGCAACGACGGUAUCUGCAGUCUAAGAAGAAGGUCCCGGGGGUUCGUAAGUUCGCUUUCGAUGCGAGGGCGUAUGAGAUACCGAUCGGUUCCAAAAUCGAAUGGGAGCACUUCCCACUCGGCGCGGUCGCUGCUCGUGGAUCCCGUUGGGCUUGGUGGCUCAGGCUCCUCUUCGUCUUGGUCAUCUUCGUCGCCGGUAUAGGAAUUGGGACGCUGCACGGCGACUACGUCAAGCUAUACGCUCUCAAACUGCCUCUGCCAUCGCCACCGGAACUCAGUGCUGGCCAACAACGUGUGCCAUUCAACAGAUGUGGUUACUCAGCGAGGAGCUUCUCCUUCCUAUAUCCAGAUCUCUAUUUCUUCGACAAAGACUCUCCCGUCGGAAAGUUAGAUGCAAAGGGUCUUAAGAAGUGGAAGCGGGAUCUCAAGGUGAUUUGGCAUCCGGACAAGACUGCCGUCACCGGCUUCCCACAAUACAUGCACCAUAGUUUCUCUUUGACGAUUGACAAAAAGUUCAAAGAAUUGGAGGAGACUUUGAAGCAGGGUGAACGUGAGGGGCACUGGCACACACCUAAGACGUCGUCUGACAGAAGGGAAGGGGCACGGUAUCACAAGGCAAAGAGGGGAGGGAUUCAUGAAGACCCCAGAGACCUCAAAGACGACGCCGAUUAUUUGAGAAAUAUGUGGAGAUUUUUGUAGUAGGAAAUGCAUGUGUCCACCGCGUCGUCAUCCAUUGAGGCUUUGCUAGACGUCGAAGGCAAAUCAUGGCAGGAUAAGUUUCAGGGCUUGGUGUUGAGGGAUUAGAAUUGCUUGGCAUGGUAAUCGC